AUAAAUAAUACAUCGGGGCUUUUCCUGGUCCUCGUCAAGGAGGAGAGAAAGGAGGGAGGGGGAAUGGCGGUGGCGAGUAUCUAUCGGCGGAUACUCCCUUCUCCACCCGCGAUCGAGUUCGCCUCGUCCGAAGGGAAGCGACUUUUCUCUGAAGCUCUUCAAAGUGGAACCAUGGAAGGAUUCUUCAGGUUGAUUUCUUACUUCCAAACUCAAUCAGAACCUGCAUAUUGCGGAUUGGCCAGUUUGUCUGUUGUCUUGAAUGCCCUUGAAAUAGAUCCACGAAGAAAAUGGAAAGGCCCAUGGAGAUGGUUUGAUGAGUCCAUGUUGGACUGCUGUGAACCUUUGAAAAAGGUCAAAGCUGAAGGCAUCACAUUUGGGAAAGUUGCCUGCUUAGCUCAUUGUGCUGGAGCUAAAGUUGAAGCUUUCCAUACGAACCAAAGCACCAUUGAUCACUUUCGUAACCAUGUAAUAAAAUGUACUUCCUCUGAAGAUUGCCAUCUAAUUGCAUCAUACCAUAGGAAGCCUUUUAAACAGACAGGAAGUGGUCAUUUUUCACCAAUUGGUGGCUAUCAUGCUGGAAGUGACAUGGCACUUGUUUUGGAUGUUGCACGUUUUAAAUAUCCUCCUCACUGGGUUCCACUCACGCUUCUUUGGGAAGCCAUGGAUACCAUUGAUGAAGCAACUGGAUGUCCAAGGGGGUUCAUGCUCUUGUCAAGGCUUCAGAAAGCGCCAUCUUUGCUUUAUACACUGAGCUGCAGACAUGAGAGUUGGGUUAGCAUGGCUAGGUACUUGAUUGAUGAUGUACCUAUUCUCUUAAAAUCCGAGGGUUUACAAACUGUUCCAGAAGUUCUCAACAUUAUAUUCAAAUCCCUACCUGCCAAUGCUGGGGAUUUUAUCAAGUGGGUUGCAGAAGUUAGAAGACAAGAGGAGGAUGAGCCAAGAUUAAGCAUGGAGGAGAAAGAAAGGCUUGCAGUGAAGGAAGAGGUACUGCAACAAGUUCAUGAGACUGAACUAUUUAAAUUUGUCUCAGACUUCUUGCUUUCUGCGAGAUCAUGCUGUGCAAAUUUGUUGUCUUCUAGCAAUAAAGAAUUGUUAUCAGAAAUUGCAGCUACUCUCUGUUGCCAAGGGGCUGCGCUUUUAUCAGGGGGCCUUGGAGUGAGCAAAAGCUUUUGCUGCAGCGAAACAUGCAUCAAAUGUCUGAGGGCCAAUGGGGAUGCACCUAUGACUGUUAUAUCUGGUACAGCAGUUUCAAAUGGCAAUAAACAAGGGCUUGACAUGCUCAUACCAGUAACACCUGGAAAAUCAAAAAGUUGUUGCACUUUCGAUCACAAUAAUAAUUGUGUUGUGAUGCACCCAACAAUUAAUGAUGUCUUAACUGUUCUCUUAUUAGCUUUGUCCCCCCAAACUUGGAUGGGUAUCAAGGAUGACAGACUGUUAGCUGAAAUUCAACGCCUUGUUUCCAUUGAAAAUCUUCCGGAUGUUCUUGAACAGGAGGUUUUGCACUUGCAACGGCAGCUCCAUUUCCUGAAGAGAUGCAAAGAUAAAGAACUAGAGAAAGAAUUUAUGUUGUCUUCACACUUCUCAUAGGAUCAUCAUGUUCUGGUCUGCUACGAUUAACCAAGAGAUAUGGGACUCCUAGUCUGAGAGUCUGGGUUUCUGACAAACUAUGUUUGCUGGACUAGAUUUGCUGAAAGCAUUCCGCCCUGUCAAGCAUGCCUCCCUUUUUCCUUUCCUGUUUAACAUUAUUCAUGUAAUUGUUUCACAUGUAUGAUAAUGUAUAUGAUGUCAUUGAUGUUUAAUGGUGAAAUAGGGUUAAAAAAUGAAAAUUUGAAAGGCUUGCUCUUGAAAGGAAAAUUAAAUUAUAU